UUAAGGCGCGGCCACCGGGGCUGCGGCAUUGCGCCCAGCAGCGGACUCCGAGACCAGUAGACCUCGGCGAACCCUUGCUCUCAACCACCCACCCACUUUCGGAACCAUGGCCGCAGUGGCAGCAGCCUCGGCAGAACUGCUCAUCAUCGGCUGGUACAUCUUCCGCGUGCUGCUGCAGACCCUGUCCCCAGUGCGCCCGCGCCCAGCCGGGAACAAAGACUCAGGGGUGCGGCGGUCGCCCGCUGCGGACGAUCGCGACCAACGUGGUGUUCAGGUACUCCCUGCAGAAGCUGGCGCACACGGUGUCCCGGACCGGGCGGCAGGUGCUGGGGGAGCGCAGGCAGCGAGCCCCCAACUGAGGCCCCAACUCCCACCCCUGGGCGGCCGUGUCAUCAGGUGCUCCUGUGCUUCUCGACCAGCAUGGGAGCCAGUGCCGCGCAGGAAUGGGGGGUCCCCUGUGUUCCCUCGUCAGAGGAGCACUUGCCAAGGUCAGUGAGGGGCCGGUAGGCCCCCAGAAAAGCAGCACCGGCAAUGAUGAAGAUAUCAGUUCCCUUCCCAGACCCUUUGCCCUGGCGGGUGGGAGAGGAGGGGGGUAGAGGGGAGCAAUCCUCGAGAUAUGGGCGUAGGCACCACAUUCUGAUUUGGACCAAGUCGAACAGUACCAUCUCAGCCGCACAAGAUCUUACCAUGGAGAUCCAACACCCCACCAAGCAGCAGAAUGGACAUUCUGACAUCACCAGCUGAAGCCCUGAAUCUCCGUGCAGAAGAGAAGUGUCAACUGAAAGUGUCAACUGCGUGCAGCAUAGGAAGGGGUGGAGGGCGUGGGUGGUGGAGGAAGAGGGUUAAGAAAAUUAGUGGGGCCCUCUUGCUGACCCUUGCCUAUGGCACGCAUAUCCCUGCCUUGCUCUCUCAUUCCCCCCCACCAACCCGCCUUCCAAAGCCCUCCCCAAAAUGUGUCACUUGAUUUGGACAUAUUCAACCAGUAACUGAAUCCCACCUUUACCAAAACACCUUCUCUGACCCCCGGCCCUUCACUGAUCUUGCUUAUCCCUGGUCUCACGCAGCAGUUGUGGUCAUUAUUGUGGUAGUCGCUAAUUGUACUGGUUUAAUUGUGCAUUAGUUGUGUCUCCCCAGCUAGAUUGUAAGCUCCUGGAGACAGGGACCACCUCCACAAAAAAUAAAAAAAUGGACCUCUCCUGUCUUGUAUAGUGUCCUAGGACUGUGCAGGACAGUGGGGGUGCACCAAAAA